AUGUAACUACACCCUGAGGAAGUGACGAAAGGAAACGCUGAUCCCUUGUUUUGAAUCACGACAACCUUCUAGAAUUAGUAGUGAGAGGUUGAUUUCCAAGUAAUGUGUGUGUAGUUAAACAGCUUACUAGUGUGAAGGAAGGAUGUCAGAAUACCCGGGAAUGAGUGAAAUGUACGAUCAUGCUUUGCUGGGCAUAUUACAGCAUGGUGGAACUAUUCAACGUUUUCUGGAGAUCUAUUUUGGGUUUCUUUAUCGGAAAACUGACUUUUUUCGAUUGUUGUCUGGACCCGAGGAUAAAAUGGGAUUUCCCCCAGGAGUCGCUGAGAAAAUGGUCCUUAAGGUCUUUAAAGUAUUUGAGCACAUGGCUGUGCAGGACCACCAACAAAGAAUGAAGGAGCUUGAGGAGAAGCUGAGGAAGAAGCUGGAAGAAGAGAAGAUCAGUGCCCCACCUGCAUCUGAAGUUGUUGAGAUUGAGACUACAGCAGAGGAAGCACUGCCUGGUUCCGAUGCCGCAGAACUCUUGCAGGACAAGCAACAAGAGGUUCCUCAGCAGGAGCAGGCUUGCGUUGAAGUUUCCGGCCAGCAGUCUGAAGCUAAUGCUGCUGCUGCAGCAGCAGCUCCACAGCCAUGCAGCAAACCACCACAGCAAAGCUUGUCUCAGGAGCAUUUCCAAGGGAACUCUGACAGUUAUAAUGGUGCCAUAAGGGAUAAUUAUAUGUGGUCACAGGAUUAUACAGACUUGGAGAUCAAAGUGUCUGUCCCGAAGAACAUUGUGAGAGGUAGACAGGUCUCUGUGGAUAUCCAGACCAGUUCAAUUCGUGUAGCAGUGUUUGAGGGAAAUAGUGAGAAUGUACUUAUGGAAGGCAAACUCAUGCACAGAAUUAAUACUGAAGGGUCACUGUGGAGCUUAGAACCUGGGAAAUGCAUACUGAUUAACCUGAAUAAGUCUGGAGAGUACUGGUGGAAUGCCAUUUUAGAGGGAGAGCAGGCCAUAGAUAUUGACAAGAUUAACAGGGAACGCAGCAUGGCAACAGUGGACGAGGAAGAACAUGCUGUUCUGGACAGACUGACCUUUGAUUAUCACCAGAAGCUGCAAGGAAAGCCUCAGAGCCAUGAAAUGAAAGUCCAUGAAAUGUUGAAAAAAGGUUGGGAUGCUGAAGGUUCACCUUUUAAAGGACAGCAGUUUGAUCCCUCCAUGUUCAAUAUCUCUCCAGGAGCAGUACAGUUUUAACAAAAAAAAAUGCCUUUGAAUUGAUAGUAUGCCUUGGACCAGGCUACUUAGCCGUAAAGGGUAACUAGCAAAGAUUGUCUGCUCUGCACAGUUUCUUGGUGGGAGCAGUCACAAACUGCAUUUCUUAUCAUCCUUUGCUGCUCUGCCAUGUCUGCAUUCAGAAUCUGGAAUGGUUGAUAUUGACUGAAAACUUUGUUUCUGAUCGCCAGAUGUCAGAAGCACAUCAAGUUCUGUAACUUAAGUUAAUGGUUUGUAUCGGCAUGUUUUUAAGUGACUAGAAAAAUAUAUAUGCAAGUGCCGAAGAUGGAGCUGGAUGAACUUUUUAGCUGUGUUCCUACUCAAAUUGGUAGACUGGGCACAAGAUGGCGCACUUGCAUCACAGCUGGUUAUACUGAAACCUUAUUGCUAGCAGUGGUCAGAUUUCCUGUUCAAGGCUCAAUGCAGCUUAAAAGUUACAUAAUGGCAUAAAAGUUCUGUUUGUGGAUCUAGUUGUUGGGAUUUUAAAAAAUGUAUAUACCAAACUCACCUGCUUGGUGACAGAACCCAUUACUGGGUUGUUUUUUAUUACUGUAACUGGUUAAGCAUAUAUUGCCUGCUGUCAUGCUUUCCUGUGGUGCCAUGUUCCUGUUUUGCAUACUAUAAAGUCAUCUGUUUUACAGCCUGCAGAGAUAAUACCAAGUUAGACAGUUACGUCUGCUGUUUUCCUUUCAAUGUUCGGAAAUAGUAAAAUAUUCUUGUUCAAAUACAGCUAAAAAUAGUCGCCCAGCAUCAGGCAUAUUUAAAUAUUUCUGCCACUGCAGCAAUAUUGUGUAUUGUUAAUGAUUACAAUAAGGAGGGCCCUGUAUUAUAACUGGAACUGAAGUCAAGUUCUAUAAGAAUCUAAACUUUCUGGCAGGUAUUCUGAAAGGUGCAUGCACACAUGGCAUGUUUAACUGAACACUGCUCUCUAGUUAACUUCGGUGGCAGUAGUUGGUAACUUCUUUUAUGGUAAUGCAGCCUUCCUGUCAUGAGCCCCUAAACACACACAGCUGUGAGUCCCACAUUUACUCCUAGAUGUUAAUAGACAGUCUCACAAGUGAUUAUUCAUCAGCAUUUCUAGACUAAGGCUGAGUUUGCAUAAUUCCCUCCUGCUUAAGUGUCAGGGUUUUAAAUAUAAUCUCUCUCUCUCUCUCCAUAUUCAGCACAAACAAGUUAGAGAUGAAGCAUUUGUCUGAACUCCUGAGAGUAAAAUAAAGGAUAUAGUGUGAGCAGUAACAGUAGACUAACAGCUGGGCGUGUGAUAAGAUAUGCAUAGAAUCUACAGCCUUCUUGUGACACUACAUCUGCCAUCAGUUUGCAGAAACAGCUGACAGUUGGAAUCCUGUGACACUUGAGUUGAUGCAUGAAUCUCACCAUGUUAAUGUAGCAUAAGAUUAGCUCAGCAGUAGUUUUCUGGGUCCUGAUGCCCUUGUUUAUAUGAACUGUAUACCUCCUUCAAGGAAAAUAUUUGUUGAUAAAAAUGGGGUUCACUGGGCUAAUGCUAGGAUCCGACCUGAGCAGGUAGUUAACAUUGAUUGAUGCCUGUAUACUGUGAAACUUAAAAAAAAAAGUAGAAACAAAGAAAGGUAUGUAGUAGCCAGGAAUCACUGGUUUAGUGUUCCUCAGUGUUUUCACUAACACAGAUCUGUACUUUCUCUGUUGAAUCUGUCCAAGUUUGUUUAAAUAAAAUACUUAUUGAAGGUUCAUCCUGUCCACUCAGUUUGGAACGUUUACUGCAGUUCCACUAACAAAAUAAAGAAACUAAUCGGUUAUAGGUUACAAGCUAUGUGAAGAUGGGUAAAGGGAAGCCAAUAUUUUUUAAUAUUAAAGCUACAUGGGAUAGCCCAUUUAAAUACUCUCUCUUCUAAUUUUACUGUGGGCUUUUUUGUCUGUUUGACACCAAGAGAUGCUUCUUGGAUCCUUCUGUCAAAUGUUUAGUAAGAGAAUAUAGCAUUUUCACUCUUCUAUUAGCGUACUGUUUAUCUUCUUAAAGAGUGCUGUGUUUACUUCUUGAAAGUUCGAAGAGGAUAUGUGCAUUGCUGUCAGUCAUUAAUGAGCACUUGCUUUUUAGCAUCUUGUUAAUAUUCUUUUUGUGAACAUUAGAUUUGAUUAUUUGAGUUAUUUUUCUGAUUUAUUAAAAUAUAAAGUUAUGCUGCA